CUUAACUUGCAAAAUUCGGCAUCAUUGUUGCAAAAGGCGAGGCAGACAGACAAACGGACCAAGCACUCCCAUACAUACUGAUAACACAGGAACGGAGUCCUUCCACAGAAUCGUUUCCUGCUGGUGAAGAAUGCCAACUCAACAGAUGAGCACGACUACAGGUGGUGGGUGCCGCUCACCUACACAAGCGAGGACAACCCGGACUUCCUGACCACGCACCCCAGCGCCUGGAUGGCCGACACGGACAAGCAGGUGACCGUGUCCUCACUACCGGCCAGCGACAAGUGGGUUAUCUUCAACGUGCAGGAGAGUGGCUACUAUAAGGUGAACUAUGACGACAAUAACUGGCAGCUGCUGACUGCCCAGCUGGAGAAGGACCACACGCCCAUCCACUUGCUGAACAGAGCCCAGCUGAUUGACGACGCCUUAGAUCUGGCGCGGGCAAGUGAGCUGAAGUACGACACGGCGCUGAGUCUCAUCUCCUACCUGAGACACGAGGAGGAGUACAUCCCAUGGGAGGCAGCACUGUCCAACCUGGGCUACGUGGAGCAGAUGUUCACGCGCCAAGGAGGCUACGGGGACUUGCGGGCGUACAUGCUGUCCCUCCUGGAACCUCUGUACACUCUGGUGGGCGGCUUCGAGGAGCACCAGGACGACCCGCAGCUGCUGCACUACACGAGGAGCCUGGCACUCUCCUGGACCUGCAAACUCGGCUACAAGGACUGCGUGGACAACUCGGUCUCUCUCUACCAGGCGUGGAUGGCAAGCGACGGAAACACCUCGGCGGUGUCCCCUAACGUACGUAACACCGUCUACUGCACGGGCAUCGCGGAGGGCGGGGAAGAGGCAUGGAACUUCGCGUGGGAGCAGUACCUAACGACCAACGUGGCCAGCCAGAAGGAUAUGCUGCUUUCUGCCCUGGGCUGCGCUAAGGAAGUGUGGCUCCUUUCCAGGUAUCUGGACACGGCCUUCACGGAGGGUGCCGGCAUCCGGAGACAGGACGCCUCUACUGUGUUCAGGGCCGUCGCGAAGAAUGAUAUAGGACGUGACCUGGCCUGGAACUACCUGAGAGACCGCUGGGAUUUCUUGUCCGACUACUUCGGAUCCUUCACGACGCUGGGUGACCUGGUGCUUGCUGUGUCCGACGAGUUCAACACGAGAGAGGAACUGAACCAGAUGAAGAUGCUCAAAGAGCACGCUAACGACUUCACACAGCCGAGCGCGCCGUGGACCAAGCCUUUGAGAAGACCACCAACAUAGCCUGGAUGGACAACAACUACCAAACCAUCGUGGACUGGCUGGACGACCACCUCUACCCCACGCCUUGAGCUGGGUGGAGGCCGGGGAUGCUGGAGGAGUAGUGACGAAGGAGCUAGCGGAAAGGAGAUGCAGGGAUUUUUUUUUUAUUUUUUUAUUGGUGGGGAGGGUGGUAAAGGAUGUUAAUGCUGGUGGAUGAUUUGUGUUGGUGGAGGUGAAAGUGACUAGUGCAUGUGUGAGGAAGAAGAGGAGGAGGCAAGAAUCCCACACAGUGAUCGUCAGGUGUUUGUCAGGUGGAGCCAAAUAAACAUGUGAUUCUUUCGCCAGAGCACCACCGUGUUUACUCAUGGGAAAGUCAAUAUUUGCCGUUGUCGCCAUGGUGUGUGCGUGGGAUGUCUGUCUGACGGAACACAGAGGUUCGCUUGGAUAAUGCUGCACCACCACCAAGCCCCGCCUUCCCCUGAACCCAAUCCUCGGUGUACCUCUGCCCAGGACAGGAGGCGCGUCUGUGGGGCUGCCCUUCUCCGUGACCUGAGAGCGCUUAUUCGUCUCGUCUGAUUUUAAAUAUAAUUAUAUUUUUAACAUCAAGGUAC